AUGUAUUGUAUUUUUAGCGAUCUGUUGUUCGAAUACAGCACAGGCAAAGGAUGUACGGCACUUCAGUUUAUGCCACCCGAACAGACGGCCGACAAGAAAGGACCGUAUCUGUUCAGUCAAUGUCAACCCACUCAUGCACGUUCGCUGCUACCCUGCAUGGACACACCGGCCGUGAAACAAACCUACGAUUCUGAGGUAUUCUGA